GAGAGGCAGCAGGAGGGGGAGGAGUGGCACAGGUAUACUGGAUAUUCUCACUGGGUUUGAAAAGGGAGGGCAGCAUGGCAACACACACCUUUAAAGACAAAGACACGCGCCUCCACUGGCCUCACUACUGCUCUCACUCUGACAGCAGCAACAGGAAUAAUCAUGUUCAGCCUCAUCAAAUUACCGCAAGUCUUCACCAUCAAUCAAGUGCCCAAAGUUUUCCACGAGGACGGCAUCGUCUCUGGAUACCGACACCCCCACAGCUCAGCCACUGACUGCAUCCUGAGCCUCUUCCAGCUGACCAAUGAGACGCUCAACAUCUGGACCCACUUCCUACCCACCUGGUAUUUCCUAUGGAAGACAGGGACUGUGGUGCUGAUGCUGACAGCGUGGCAGGACCUCUUCACCUGGCCUCUGGUCAUCUUCCUGCUCUCCUGCUGCUUUUACCCGCUGGCGUCCAGCUGUGCUCACACCUUCAGCAGCAUGUCGGAGCGGGCACGCCACAUCUGCUUCUUCUUCGAUUAUGGCGCCCUUAGUUUCUACAGCCUGGGGUCUGCAAUCAGCUACUCAGCUUAUGUUUUCCCGGACGAGUGGGUGAACAGCCUCUUCCACCAAUGCUACGUCCCCAUGGCUGUGCUCAACACUGUGGUGUGCACCGGCCUGGCCUGCUACUCCAGGCUUGGCUUACCAUUUCUGCAAUAUAAUAAUGACAUCGUAAAGAGAUUUCCUGUGAGUCCAAAGUUCAGCAAAUACCUCCGUGUUGUUGCCUUUGCCUACCCCUACCUGUUUGUCAACAUUCCUCUGUUCUACAGGGUGUUUCUGUGUGUAGGAGAGGGCUGUACAGACAAUGACACAAACAUCCUCCACUGCAAACACAUCGCCUUGGCUUUCCUCACAGGCUUUCUGUUUGCCACACAUUUACCUGAGCGUCUGGCACCUGGCAGCUUCGACUACAUAGGUCACAGCCAUCAACUCUUCCAUGUGUGCGGUAUCCUCGGCACACACUUCCAGAUGAAGGCCAUUGAACAGGACAUGAUGACACGCAGCCCCUGGCUCCUUCAAAACUCCAUACCCAUCACCUUUUCCAACUCAGUGGGUGCAGGGCUGCUCUGUGUGGUGGUGAAUCUGACUAUCAUCAUCCUCUUCAGUCUACCUCUCCUCUCUGCUCCAGUCUGUAAAGAAAAGCAACAUUAUAGUGGUCUGAAGAAAGUAUCAGCUAAGAGUUGCCCCUGCUGCUGAACCUCUGGCUCCAUAAGCAACGGCUAAGGAUUCCCAGCACUUCACAACACAUGCAUUGCAGACAUGUCAAAAAGAGUGCAAUAGGGGGACAUACAAACAUUUUAAAGAAGACUCCUGAGCAAAGAGGAGCUGAUCUGCAUUAAAGUUAUGGUGGUGUUUGGUCUACAGACAUCAUGGGAUGAUUGCUGUUACAUGAGUCAGUAAACUUAAAAUGAUAACUUGCACAAACUGGAAAUUAUCUGUUUAAAAAAAUACAAAUGUAGGAUGUUAACUACACUAUGAGGCACUGCUGUAUAUGUUUAUAAGCAAUUUGUUGCCAUGUCAAAUUAAAAAUGCUGACAUCACUGUCAAUUUAGUUGUAGUGAUGCAUUUAAAGUGCUUGUGAGUGCAUAUGCACAUCAUUCGCAUAAGACAUGAAACGUAUUGACAAGGGAAGAGAAUUUAUGAGAUGCCUUCAAAGAAGCAGCUUAAUGAAGUUAGAUUGAAAUGACUGUUAAUGUAUUAUAUGUAACACAGAGUAAAUACAGAGUAGUUUAUUUCCCUCAUAUGAUGGCUGUUUCUGUCCCUGUAUAAUUUGGAAACGUGCCACAUUGUGCCUUAAUGAUGCAAAACUGAAAAGUAUUUAUGUGCAAUAUUAUUUAUUAUUG